GGCUACACAGUAGAUAUAAACCUGUACCUCACGUCAACCUGUCACUCUCAGGAUACGUCGAACCAUACGGAGGGUUUCAUGUAUAAAUUACUUUAACGGACAAGGAAAUCUCGCAGAUUUUUGUACAGUUCACAAGAUGGCCAAGUUCAACUGCAUGUCAUGGUUGCUGACAUCUAUCUCCCUAAUCAGUUCGAGAAGGAUCUACUUGAUAAUAAGAUGGAUAUGCUUGCUAUGGAGAAACGGAUACUUAACACCAUAGGUGUUACCAAGACGUCCUUGACAGCUGAGUUAAAGGAAAACAUACGGGAUGAAGUGAGAGAAGCCAUGGCCGAGAUUCUACAAGGAGAGUCUCUUCAAGACAUGGUGAAAAGUCAGGUUGUCUCUGAAUUGCGGCAUCUGAAGCAGGGCUAUCAUCAAAUGAAGAGGCAGUUGCACCAUGUCUCAAGAUCGCUCGGUGAUUUCCAGAACGAGACGACCGUAUUUCACGACUCUCUCCUGAAGAAGGCAGUUAUGUCGAAUCGAGAGAAUUCGUAUGAUAUCUGUAUGAGAGAUAAGCAUAAACUGGAAAAAGCACUACAGAGAAGUGACGCUUCCACUGCCAAUCUCAAAUCUCAAAUUACGACAUUGAAGGAGACGUGUCAGUCACAUAUGUCAAAGCUGACAUCAAAUGUCACGGUGUCUCCUUCUACCCCCGCUCCUCUAGAUGUUACACCAGCCUCCAGGACAUCUGUGUCAACAACGACACUCAGACCACAGGAGGAGAAAAGUAGGAUUUUGAUAGCUCCAAUGUGGUCAGAUACGCCACAUCAGUUCCGUCAACUCAACAUUCACAGUAACUCCCUGAGUGUCUAUCAGUACCACACCAUGAAGCAGGUCAAAUGUAUUGCAUAUACAACAAAGACAAGGAAACUUCUCAUAGGGUUAGGCAGCCCUGAUAAGAUAGUGUCAUCUACCCUGGAUACACGUCACGUGACGGUAUUAAGAGAACAUGUACGGACAUAUGGCAUGACAGUGGAUGAAGAUCGGGACAUCGUAUUUAUAGCCACCUUCAGACCACAAUACUCAAUCAGCCGCAUGUCUACACAGGGGAAAGACUUCACUGCCAUCAUUGACUUAUCCAAGUACGGUAGUGUUCCAAGGCAAAUAUCUCUUGACACAAAGAGAAGGAGGAUAUAUGGUUGUAAUGAAGGGAAACUGUUCACUGUGACAUAUGAUGGUCAAGGUCUGACAACAUUAGCCACAGGAAGCGGUAUGUAUGCUGUAACCCUGGAUCAGACAGCAGGUGUGUUGUAUUAUGGUGUACAGAAGAAACUGAUGAAGAUGACUGUGUCCAACAAUGUGAGUACAGAGGUCACUACACUGAACGCCGUCCCCUGGAACCUGGGGCUGUAUAGCGGCACCAUCUACUACAGUAGCCAUGAUUCUCCUAUUGUAGGAGCAGUUGAUGUGACAUAUAACACUGUGGCAUAUACUCUCCAGUCAGUCAGUAUGAAGGGGAACAAGUGUUUACGGUAUGUGUUUGAUUCCCUAAGUGUAUCAAUCGCAUCGUGUUUUCUCUCUAUAUUCCGAUCUCAUCCACCCUGGGAAACUGAUUUUAAGAUUACAUAUGUCCCAUAGAAUGUAGCUUAUGUUGCAAUGUUAGUUUGCUGUAGGUUUCAUCAAUAAAUAUCUUAUGACAGUUUUA